UUUCAUUUUUAACACACAAACACACACCAGAAGUACCUGAGACAAGAAGCUUUUCAUUGCAGCUCAACAUGGACUUCAUUGAUCCCAUCCUGUCCAUUGCCUCAGAGAUCUACUCCCUGGUUGAGAAGGUGAAGGCCAAUAAGAAGCGCAGCGAGCGCGUUUGUGGGCGAGUCAAAGCCCUGGACACGCUGGUGAGGUCCAUCAAAAAGAGGGAGCGAGGACAAACCUCUGCCGACGUGGAAACGGCCCUGAAGGAACUCUCCUUCACUCUGAAAUCGGCGCAGGAGCUCGUCACGAAAUACACUGUGGAGACCUGGGUGAAGCGCCUCCUGAAGGCCGGCAGCCAUGAGGACGAGUUCAACAGUGUGAACGAACGCCUCAAUGACGCCUUCCAGGUCCUGUCUGGAGCUCUGCAGGUGGAGCAGAGCAACGUGCUGCGCCAGGUGUUUGAGCUGAAUGAAGACGAGGCGGACAGGAGGGAGGACGACGCCGAUCUGCAGAAACAGCUCCUGGAAUUCUUGGAGAAGCAGCAGGAGGAAACAAAUGCCAUGCAGAGAGAAAUGGAAUUCAUCAAAAUCAACGUGGAAAAGCUCGUUGCAAACUUGAAUAAGCCCAGCAUCACUGAUGAAGACAUCCGGAUGAUCAAACCAAAUGAGCUGAACUACGAAUAUCCCAAAGAGCCCUUCAUGAAAACACAAACCUCAGAGGUCUACAAAGGAGAAUACCGCAGAUUCCCGGUGGCCAUCAAGAGAUACACUGAGCCUAUGAACACCAGCCCCAGCGAGGUGCGGAAAGUUUUCAAUAAGGAGGUUGAAACCAUGAGGCGCUUUGAGUCGCCCAACAUCCUGCGAAUGUUUGGCAUCUGUGUCCAGGAUGAGGACGGGCCCAACCCUCAGUUCCUCAUCAUCAUGGAGUACUGUGAGAAGGGAAGCCUCCGUCAGGUCCUGGACUCAGAAGGUAGCAGUCUGUCCUGGCCCACGAAGGCUCGUAUGUGUCGGGACGCAGCGCGAGGACUCUACCGACUGCACCAUACUGAAGAAAAAUCAAAGGUUCACGGCUGCAUCAACAGCAACAAGUUCCUGGUGGCUGAAGGCAACACAGUCAAGCUGGGAGGCUUUGAGCUCGCAAAGACUGAGACGUCGCUGAGAAAGCCAACGAAGGACAAAGAGAUCAGGUCUCUGUGCUACUCGUCUCCAGAGAUGCUCCACGACAUCAACCACGUCUACAGCACAGCGUGUGAGAUCUACAGCUUUGGAGUCGUCCUGUGGGAAGUUGCAAGCGGCAGAAAGCCUUUUGAUGGUUGGUCAAACAAGGACAUCUAUGAGAAAGUGUGCAACGAUAAAGCUCAAGAGGAGGUCCCAGAAGACUGUCCUGAAGGACUGGGACUUCUGAUCAACGCCUGUCGGGCCUAUGACGGCUUCCAGAGACCUUCUGCUGGAGUGCUGGUGGAUAAACUGCAAAGCGUGGUGGAUCAGCUAGAGAAGUCGUAAACCUUAUUCAUCCCUCUUCCUCUUCGUCAGCAGCACUCAGGGCUUCUGGUCACGGACGUCCUCAGGAGAACAAAUACCGUUGUUGAGUCAUUAAACUGGCCUGUGACUUAUUUAUAAUCCACACAUAAAAAGUUUACACAAAGAGCCAUGCAAUUUUUAUUUCAGGUACUUUACUGUGUCUCUUGGAGAAGAACAAUGUUAAUACCUGCAUUGUAACUUUUAAUGUUUUAGAAAUGAUUGCGUGUUAAGGGUCCAAAGCUCCUCAUUUUUUAGAACUAGUAGAAAUUACAGGGUAACAUUAUGGGAGAUACUAUAAAUGAUUUCAGCUGUGCUACUAUGUUUUACAGUACUUAUCAACCACACAACGACCUACGCUGUAAAUGCUACCUUCUCUCGGUCUAUAUGUUUACUAUGACUAUGGGUGGAUUAUGAGACAGUAGAGUGGCAAAGUCCACAUCAUUUGGAAAAAAUAUAUACGGUAGUCAAUGGCAAAAGACCUCUGAAUUGUGCCGUGAAUUACACACAUGAUGUUUGGGAAAUUAAAAGAGUCAAGAAAGUCUCAGUUUGUCUAGAUUUGUCAUUUUACCGUGAAACUGCUCAAUGAACUACAUCCCUUUUCUUGCGCCUUUUCUUGAGCAUUUGUUUGUUUACCACAUAAUUCCAUAUGUGUUCCUUCAUAGUUUGGAUGUCUUCAAUAUUAAUCUACAAUGUAUAAAAAAAAUAAAAAUAAAGAAAAACCAUUGAA